AUGCAACCAGGCUCCGAAGCGGACGGUCGGGUUCGCUGCACCGUAGCGAUCGAGCACCUGGGUGCUGCAGCAGCCCCGAAUCGUGCGCUUCUCCGCGAUGCUUGGGUCACGCUGGGCCGGGACGAGUUCCAGGAGCUGGUUCUGCAAGUGGCCAGCGCCGGCGGUCCGGGGCGCCCCCAGAACUUCCCCCUGCGGCGGGGUGAAGUGCGGCUGUUCACACGCUUCGUGAAGGAGGGGAAGAGCUCGGUGCAGCUCGGUGCAAACCACAAUCACGUGCAGCUGCUGCUCUCUAAUUGUCCUCCGGAUCGGCUGCGCCGCUUCGUCCACACGCUGCGCAUCAAGCACGCAGCCGCCCAGAGGGUGACCAAGCCUGUGGCCGAGCGAACGCGGCUUCUCGCUGGCCUACCGCGGACGUUCGACACGGUGAGCCCGGUGCAGACUCGCGACUUGCAGCAGGCGAGCGCCCGGCAGGCUCUGACUGACGUGACAAGCACCCCGCGGAAAGGUCAGCCCUUACGCUGCGCGUCUCGGAAGCGGAUCCGAAGUGAGUCCAUCGAUGGGAUACAGGUGAGCCGGCUUCUGCCGGGAAGCAUGAUCUAGCUGGAAGCUGCCCAUAACAAAAGGAUCUCUGGCCGUCCAGGUAUUGUUGGACUCCAACCCCCAUCACCCAUGGUCUGGCAGUGCUGGCUGGGACUGCUGGGAGUUGGAGUCCAAGGAUACCCGGAGGUUCCCCAUCCUUGGCAUAAGAGUGGUGGCUAGUUUCUGAAAAGUGGACAUACUCACCUGCUAAUCCCAUAUGCUGAAGUUGUGGUUAUGCAAAGUGACAGAUUCAUGCACUCCUUAAGCACUUCAGAAACUCACUUAGCAAGUUCCAUAACUGAGGCCACCACAGAGUAGGCCCUUUCUCCAAUGCAUGCUGGUCUUACUGGCGGAUACCUGAGCAGAACUUCCAUAGUAGUAUGGGCAAGGUCAAAUUAUUAUUUUAUUUGAACGUAAGGCUUCUUUGGUCCUAUUGAAAUUCAAAGAACUAUCCCUCUGGAUAAGAGAGGCAUUCUCCUUUCUGGCUGCUGUAAUCAAGAGAGAUGGGAUGGAAAAUUCUCAUGAGCACUUUGGAUUCAGAGGAGUUUGCCUUUUGGGGAUUGUAUUAAGUUCUGUUAUGCAGGCAGAAUGUCAUAGGCUCAACCCACAUAAUCUCCAGGUGGGGCUAAAAACACCCCUGUCUGAAGCUGCUCCCAGUCAGUGGAUACAGUACUGAACAAGAUGAGCCACUGGUCUGACUCAGCAUAAGGCAGGUUUCUGUGCUCUUUUCAGGGGGCUGAAAAGCAGCAGGUGAAGAAGACUUGGUCCAUGUGCUCCCGAGCAAAACUCUCCCAGGAACAGUCAAUGGUGUUGAAUGCAGUUCUGAGUGGGAAGAAUGUUUUCUUCACAGGCAGUGCUGGUGAGAGAAGAGGGUCAAGGAGGGUCUAUGUGUUUGCAGGUUAGAGGUUGUAGUGGCUUCAUCUACUAUAGUGGGAAUCUUGCAUUCCUUCCACUGAACAAACCUGGGAUUUAAGGUAUGUAAAGUUGGUGAUUCUGAUGUCUCUCCUUUUUGGGGUAGUGGCAUGGGGCAUGUGGAGAUUUAUGAGAGGCAGAUACCAUUGAGUCGACUUUGAUUUACAAUCUAGGUGUCACUUCUAAAACUGAUCAAGUUUUGCAUCUGCCUCUUGCCAUUUAAAUGGUUCUGCUUUGAAGGGAAGUAUGAAUGGUGCUGAAGUAAUUGUAAAACUGAAAUUUAGAUUGUGUGCCUCUAAAUACAAGGGCUCUCUCUGUAGGGACUGGGAAAUCCUACCUGCUGAAAAAGAUCAUAGCCUCGCUGCCUCCAAACAGCACUUACGCCACAGCCAGCACAGGGGUGGCAGCAUGUCAGAUUGGUGGCACUACUCUCCAUGCCUUUGCAGGUAACUGGGAUCCUGGGAAAGGAGGGAAGCAGAAAAGAGCCUAGUGAUGGGUUACUGUUGACAUACUCUUUCCCCUCUCCUUUGAUAGGUAUCGGGUCAGGAAAGGCCUCCCUACAUCAGUGCAUUGAGCUGGCUCAGAGACCCGGAAUUCGGCAGCAAUGGCUGAACAGCCGCCAUCUGAUCAUAGAUGAAAUCUCUAUGGUGGAGGGGGAUUUCUUUGAUAAACUGGAGGCAGUAGCUAGGUGGGUGGAGUCUUCCUUUUAGGGGAUAUUGCUGCACUUGCAUUAAUCCUGUGUGUACAUGCCUUUGGGGAGGGUAUUAAUAGGGCAGAAGACAAAACAUUGCAUAGUUGUUCUAAAGUUUUGCCUAAGCAGGCACUUGAUGCAAUUCUGCAGCAAACAGUCUCACACUUACAGCUUUGGCCGUGUAUUCUCUUCAGUCCCACAUCUAGUUUUGGUAACGCUGUGGCCAGUGUCCACCCAGAGCCACCAGUCAGCAUUGCCAUCUCUGUGCUUCAGUCCUGUCUGUUUCCCAUGCUCCUGUCCAUGCACAAUAGUUUUAAAAUGACUCCUUAAGUAUAACGUGGUCCUAGAAGGGGGGUUUGCAGCCACAGAGAGAAGCAGAACUGAAUUAUAUUUGUUACUCUGUCUUAGCGUAUGCAGAGCAUGUGUAAGUGUUGCAAGGGAAACAGGAACAGGGAAUCUUCCAGAUGCAAUUGGAUUACAAUUUCCAUCAGUCCCAAGCAGCAUGACCAACAGCCAGGCAUCAUGGGAACUGCAGUAGAACAACAUCUGGAGGGCCACAGGCUUCCCAUCCUUGGUCUAGGGUAUUGCAUUUCUUUUCUCUUGGACCAGAAUAAAAUCAGCUCCCUGAAGGUGUCUCCAUUCUCUUUUGGUAGAGCGGUCAGGAAAUGUGAGGAUCCAUUUGGAGGAAUCCAACUCAUCGUAUGUGGAGACUUCUUGCAGCUGCCUCCUGUCAGCAAAUCCUCCGAGCAGCCCAGGUUCUGUUUCCAGGUGUGCUGCUGUUGCUCUUUGUCACUGCAUGCUCUUGUCACAGGACGAGCUAUAAUUUGAUCAAAGGGUUUCCUUCACAGGCAAAGAGCUGGCGCAAGUGUAUCCACCUGAACAUGGAGCUGACAGAGGUGCGGAGGCAGACUGACAGGGACUUCAUUUCUCUUCUGCAUACUGUCCGCCUGGGCAGGUGAGAUGCCAUCGUCCCCCAGCAGAAUAUCUGGCUGGGGAGAUUCUAAUCUCUUGGGGUGGAAGUCCUAUGUCUAGAGAGACAUCACCAAACAUUUGAAUGCUGAUAUAGCUGCUUCUAUCAAGUUGGCUGGCCUGCUCCAAUACUUCCUUUAAACUCAUUGCACUGUUUGAAAUUUGGGUCAAGUACUCUUUGAGGAACCAUGGAGAAAUGCUGGGAGACACUGGGUUUGGAGGAAUGGGGAAUUUAGAGGUACUGUGCUUGCUGGGGUAUUCCUUCACCUGCAAGCAUCCUUGCUCAUAUACUAGCGAUGCAGAGUUGAUCUCCAUGUUUUGGUGCUGGUUACGGCCUCAUGUUCUCAUGGAAAGUAAUUUGAAUGGGUGCAGUAGCAAGCUUGAUAGUUCUUCUUGGUCUUCAAUGUUUCUCAUCAGAUACAAAUGUCUUCUUAAUUUUAAUUGUCCCCAUUCAGAUGCACAGAGGAGGUUACCAGACAGCUAACUCUAACAGCUACCCAUCGGGUGGAGAAAGAUGGAAUCUUGGCUACCCGGUUGUGCACGCACAAGGAUGAUGUGGAGCUCACAAAUGCUAGAAGGCUGGAUGAGUUGCCUGGUGAGAAUGCUGCAAUGACUCCAACUGUGACAAGUAGCCCUUUCCUUUUAGAGACAGACUUUCAGCUAAGAGCUGGGAACCAACCCUUGGGAACUUGCCCUGCCCCUCUUCUUUCUGAAUAAAACAACAUGAGACCAUUAUAAAAUUAGGCAAUACAUCCUACUGACACUAAUAGUUAAGUUUUCCAGUCCUGAUAUUCUUGCCACUGCUUUUUGAUAGGUGAAUACAAGGACACAUUUAUUUAUUUUAUAAUAUUUUCUUCUGUUGCUGAUAUCUGCAGAAGUGGGAAACAUAUUAUGAUAUGUAUUGUAUGGAAUUCUGGAAUUUUACAGAAUUAUGCUUUCAGAAUAGUGUGCAGAGCCUAAUACUUGGAGCUCACAACACCUGGGGCUGUGGAAGGAUGAAACAGAGCCCCCUACAUGCAGCUCAGCUAUUGGGGAGUAACCCUUUCAAAACACAUCAGGCAGGAGGGAUGCAAGUUUUUUACAUCUUGUCUGUCUUCUAGGAGAACGAAGGUCCUUCAAGGCAGUGGAUAGUGACCCUGUACUGGUGAAAACUCUUGAUGCACAGUGUCCAGUAAGCAGCAACAUUGAACUUAAGCAAGGUGCCCAGGUGAGCAUUGCCCAAGCGAGAGGCGGUUCUUUAGUAGGCAAUGGAAUUUUGCUUUUUUUUGUGGGGGGAAAGGUUUUUAUGUUAUCUGCUUCUCACACUAGCGCCACAGUCCUGUAUUCUUCACCUUUCCCAUGGGGUCUCACAAAAGGGGUCCCCAACCCUAGGAUACUGGAGUCCUCUUGAUGCAGAAUAUGACAGCAUAAAGUGUUACAGGUAAAUGCUGGCUGGAUCUUACAGGAGCAGGCAAGCAGAGUAAUUGUAAAAUGAAUGGUUUCUAUAACAAAUAUCUAUUAUAUAGUUUGUCUGAGGGAGUCAUGGUGGCACUUACAGGUAAUUGUUGACUGUAGCUUGGAAUGUCAGAGCUAUAGGCUUGGACACAUCUGCAAACUAUUUAUAUGUGCUCAGUAUUUCACCUGCUGAGCAAUUCAAUUACUCCUUGCAUUCUAUUAAUACUGAUUUCUCUCUUACAAAUGCGUGACUGGCUAGCACUGAUUAUAGCUUCGCAGGAAUUGUUACCUGCACUGCCAUGGCUAGGUUGGACAGAUCUUUACAUGACAGAACCUAGAGUAUCAGCUGAGUGAAAUGAUACUCUUAUGGACCCUAGUGGCUACCAUUUGCUUUAUUUGAGCUGGUUGUGCACUGCUUUCGAUAACUUUUAAACCUUAAAACUGGGAAGUCAGGCCAUGCCAAAUGCCACAGAGUCCUUGACUUUUAAGAGCUGCACCCAGCUAUUAAAUAUGGGUGGCAAAUCUGUGAUGCUGUUUAACGGUGAUUGUAUUGUAAUAUUAAAGUUUAACUGAGACCAGUUACCAUUUUCAACACAUUAUUCACUUUAUUAGAUGGAUUACUGGGUUUUUUCUGGUCUCAUAUGUAUGUAUUGAAUAUUUGACUGUUCGUUUGGUUAUCUACCUUGUGUGCUGCCUUCUUGAAAAGCAGGGUAAGUGUAUACAGUGAAUAACAUCCAAACAAGUAUGAGGCUUUCCCUACCCGAGGAACAGGGUGGGGACAUUCUUGUUUGUUUUCAGUGGCAGUUCUUGAGACUCUACUGUUAAUGCUGACUAUGUACAAUAAAGUCGACUGACUGGACAGGUGAAAGCUAGGGUGUUUUUCUUCAUUAGUAAUUUUUACAUUCUUUCACUAGGUGAUGCUUACUAAGAAUCUUGAUGUGUCCCAAGGUCUUGUGAAUGGGGCUCGUGGAGUCGUGAUUGGAUUUGAAACAGAAGGAAAAGGUUAGUUUCUGACAGGUGCACUUAUCACCCAUGACUGGGUGUUCUUCGGACUGUGUCUGAACUCUUCUAGAUUCACAAUGAAACUUUGGUGGGUGCCUCUGCACUGUGCCAGAGGUGGAGGAUUUUUUGAGACAUAGUUGCUGUUCUUUGCCAUCCAGUUUUUUGUACAUGAGCUGCUAUUCUAUUGGCGUCCCAUUUGCAAGAACUCAAGUGGAUGAGUUCUAGGCUGCCUUGCAGUAUCUCCUUAAAAACAAUAGAUAUUUGGGAGGUUACCUGCCCCUGACUCCUGGGCAUAGGAGAUCAAAGUUCUGACUUGGCUCUCUUUCUACAGGGCUACCGAAAGUGAGAUUUCUGUGUGGUGUCACUAAUGUUGUUGGGUUGGAACGAUGGGUUUUUAAGGGACCAGCAGGAAUUUAUCUGAGUCGCCAGCAGCUGCCGCUGAAACUUGCCUGGGCCAUUUCCAUCCACAAGAGCCAGGUUAGUGAUACAUUGUGUGAUAUUCUGUACAAGAACUCAAGACAGUAAAAAUGGUCCAUAAUGGGACCUCUUUAAGGAACUUGUGUUUAUCUAGGUUUAUCUGUACUAAAGCUCCCACCAAAUGUUGGAUGUUACCAGUUGGACCCCACAUCUAUGCAGAAUCUGUAAGAAUCUGCUUAUUUGUCUUCUUUUGCCCCAAUUAAUUAUAAGUCAGUGGAAUCUAGGCAGACCAAUCCUGUAGACCAAUCAAACUCAAGCUGUUUUCCUUGCAACAUGUGGCUGUUCUAGAAAAUCGAAAAUCUCGAAAAUCGAAAAUCACACCACCCUGCAAACAAAAUUAUAAAGGGUGAGGGAACUGUGGAAAUGUUGUUCGGCAGUGUUAAUUCUUCCUAUUUGCCUGGUACCCAUUUUGUGGAAUCAAACAUCAUACAUAAAAUAUAUAGGUACUUUACUGUACUGGGGGUGCACAUACUUAUCAGACUAGGGAGUAUCUGCUUCCUGACUUUUUCUCUUUUACUAGGGUAUGUCUCUGGACUGCGUUGAGAUUUCCUUGGCUCGUGUUUUUGAAUUUGGCCAGGCUUAUGUAGCACUUUCUCGAGCACGUAGCCUUGCAGGUCUUCGUGUUCUGGAUUUUGAUUCCAAGGUAGUGAGAGCCAAUCCAUACGUGUUGCAGUUCUACAGACACUUGAAGAGAGACAAAUUUCUAACCCAGGUAAAGUGAUAAUCUGCCACUAGGCUACCAUAACCAUCUGCAGCCUAGAUACAGUGGUGCCUCGCAAGACGAAAAGAAUCCGUUCUGGGAGUCUCUUCGUCUAGCGGUUUUUUCGUCUUGCGAAGCAAGCCCAUUGAUGGGAUUAGCGGAUUAGCGCUAUUAGCGCUAUUAGCGGCUUUUAGCGGCUUUUAGCAGCUUAUCAGCUUAUCUGAUAAGCAGAUAAGCGGCUUAGCGACUUAGAAAAAGAGGGGGAAAAGGAAAAAAAAACCCAGGAACUCGCAAGACAUUUUCGUCUUGCGAAGCAAGCCCAUAGCAGAUUCGUUUUGCGAGGCACCUCCAAAACGGAAAACUCUUUCGUCUAGCGAGUUUUCCGUCUUGCGAGGCAUUCGUCUUGCGGGGCACCACUGUAUUCUGAUUUUGUGUUGUAUAAACUGCAAAGGGAGGAGGGUGGGAGAAAGGGCAAUAUAGGAGCCUGGAACAAGGGCCACAGGUGACUAAGGGCAUUGUGAAUUAGGGAUAUCUGGCCACCAUUCCUCUGUAACCCUGAAAUAGACACAAUGCUCUUGAGUCAGCAGCCCUAAUCUGUCUGCAGCCCUAAUUGCAAAAUGUAUCUUCCCUACAUUUCCCUCUCCGAAGAAGAAUAUACUGUUACAAGCCCAUACUUUAUUAAAGAAAAAAGUAGUGGAAGGUCAUAGUGAAUCCUUGCCCCUUCCUUCCAUAUGGCAGAAAUGUCCCCCCCCCCCCAGGAUCACAGUGGCGGAGCAAGCUGAUUGGGCACCUGGGGAGGCACACAUGCCCUGUGCCCAGGGGCGGGGCCACCCAAGCCGGGGCAGGACGCUCUGUGGGGCCUCCGAGGAGUCUGCCUGCCUCCUCCCACUCAGCCGCCCUACAGCUGAGGGAGAGGCGUCGGGUGGAUCGUUUGGGGCAGUGUGGAGCCUGCUGGCACCCAAGCCAUUGUGUUACUCCCAGGAGAGACGCAUGGCUCAGGCGCGAUGCGGGCCCCACGGUGAGUGCCGCCCUGCAUUUUGUCACCCCCCUCAGUGGCGACACCUGGGGCGGCCCACCCCCACCACACACCCCUUCUUCCUCCACCCCUAGGGGAUCAUACAAAGUGUGAGUAGCUGUGUAUAACUUGUUACUUUUGUUCUUUAGGCUUUGCUGCACUCCUCUAUUCAAGCUAAUAAAGAAAAUGAAGAAGCUGCCUGAACUUGACAUACUUUUAUUGCUCCUUGUACUUUUAUUGAAUCUACACCACUAAGUGGG